ACUGAGAUAACGAGUGAAGUUAUCAACUCUAUUGUUCAAUUGGAAUCGCAGUGGCAUCUUGUUCAAUUUGAUGAGUAACGAGGUGUGACCCAUUUUGCAACAUCCUAUAAAGUUUUAUCUCUCUGCACCUAAAAUGAGCGGAAGUUAAGGUGUAAUAUUUUAGCGUUUUGUCCAAUUAACGUUUCCUCAUGUCGCGAUAUUUAACUUUUGUGGCGGUGGGAGACCAUCUAAGCAACAAAACAGAGCUUUUGCUUAAAUACACCGGAAUUCACGACUUGGGUGUAAAAAGGUUUGAAAACAACGUCCAAAGCAUUAUAGUGGAUCGAGUGCGCUGGAUGGUGCAUUUUGUCGAUACUGAAUGUGACGACGACUACGAAAUUUUGCGAAGACGGGCUUAUGAUGAGGCUGAUUGUAUUCUGCUUUGUUACUCGGUUAGGGUAAAAUCGACUUUUAAGAAUGUGUAUAAGAAGUGGUGUUUGGAAGUUCGUAAAUGUGCCCCUCUUGUUCCUAUUAUCUUGAUAGGUACCGAUAUUGAAGCUCGUGUCGACAAUAAUAGCUCAAUAUCGACAGAACAAGGAGAAAAUUUGAAAUUACUUAUUGGAGCUUACGCCUUUGUCGAAUGUUCAAUUCAACAUUUUCUCGGCAUUGAUGACAUAUUUAUUGAGGCAGUGCGGAGCACCAAUCACCGAAAAAAAUUCUGAAACACUUCCGUCACUUCAUUUCCUUCCUUCACGCUAUUCUUUAUUUUAAUCAAUUCAAAUGUUAAGUUUGCUGUCAGCGUUUCAAUAGAAGAGAAUAAGUUAAUAAAA